CUAGGCAAUAAUUACAUUCGUCACGCUGUCCCCACGGGGCAAGCCAAGUGCAUCGUCACACUAACUGCAAUUCAUUUGUACGUGCAUUAGUGGCUGGUCUUUGCAUUCAUUUGUGCUUAAAAUGUAUUCUUUUGAUAAACACGUCAUUUUAAUACUCUGCGCCAUCGUAGUGUCCACCAAGUCAGAGCGGUGGUAUUCCGCGACUAUCAUUGAAAGGAGAAACUCUUAUCACAAUUCGUCAAAUACAGAUUUUAGACCCAGUUACAUCCAAAAUAAUGAGCAUAAUUUCAUGCCUUUAGUGUUAAUUGAUCCCAAAAAAUCUGAAUUUAAACGCAACGAUUAUUUUACGGCAUCAGACUCUCAUAAUGGCGACAUAAGGAGUGAUAACAAUGUCUCCUAUUUAAAUCCUUCUGAUCGGAUACUAAAUUUCAAUAAUUCUAUAGAAAAUAUAAACGUAUUGCAUAGAAUACGUCCCAAAAGGAAACUUGUUCGUAAAAAGUGUCCUGCAGUGAAACCGAGACAAUCGAAGCAGUUAAAUUCAAAACCGAAAUCUAAGACGAGGUUCUUAGAAGUGUUUCAGGUAGUGGAAUUUGAUCAUGUGUCGUGUGUAUCCAGCAGUGGUUUAGAAGGAACGUGUCUGCCUGAAGCUGAGUGCAUCGAAUCUGGUGGAUCUACAAUGGGGACUUGUGCUGACGGAUAUGGAACGUGUUGUGUUACUCAAUUUGCGUGUGACGGCCGAUCAGCGGCAGAAUCGGGCUGGUUCACUAAUCCUGACUUCCCUUCACCAAGCACGGAACGGUUGUCUUGUGCUUUCGCAUUGGACAAAGCUUCUGAAGACGUAAAACAGAUACGUUUAGACUUCUCUAAUUUUGAGUUACUUCCACCAACAGAUGGAUCAUGUCAAUAUGACCAGUUCAUUGUUUCAGGACAAAAUCUCAAUAACAUAAUACCGAUACUUUGCGGAAUCAAUUCCGGUCAACACGUGUAUAUUGAAGUUGGUGACGUCGAAGGGCCAAUUUAUUUAACAUUCCAAACCGUAUCUUCCGACAGCAGACUUUUUUCUAUAAAGAUAACGCAAUUGACCUCGUCCGAUGAGCUCGCGGCGCCUUCAGGCUGCUUACAAUACUACACAGAACUUCAAGGCUACUUAGAAUCUUUCAACUAUCGAGAUAAAUCUGACAUCGUUAUUGCAAGAACACCAAGUUACUUAAACAAUCUCAAUUACGCUAUGUGCAUUGAGCGUAAGGCAGAAACUUGUAGCGUGACAUACACCAACACGGGUACCAUGGAGAUAGUCAAUUACGACACAUAUGGAUUACCAGUUAUUUAUCCGGGACAGGCAGGAGUGGAAAUUCUGAACUGUCCCAACGAUUGGUUGCUGAUAACUGCUACAAGGCUUUGCGGAGACCGCCUCAAUGACGGAUCCGUGUUUCAGGAUUUUACUGUGGAUGCACCUAUUACAGAUAAUAAUGCAGGCCCCAUUGUAGUAUGGUUUCGUUCUGAUGAAUCCUACGUUGGCGAUGGCUUCAAGCUGAUGUAUCAACAGAAUCCAUGCAAUACUUAACAUUCAAAAUAAUAACAAAAUAAUUAUAAUCCCAA